CAUGAGGCGGCAGGAGAGUUGAGCCGUGGUGACCUUACAGCCCCAGCAACACCAGAGUAACAACAAGAGUUACACUUGACGUUGAGGAACACGCUACCACUCUAGCCUCAUUAAUACCUUUAUUUAGUAAAUCAUGGACAGGUCAUUGAUAAGAGAACGAGAGGCCUUCAUGAAGAAGGCCUUAAACUCAACAUUAGACAUCAAGAAGCGCAGUGUUGCUCCCACCUCUUCAGAGCAAGUCAAGAAGAAGGUCCAUAAAGGUCCACCUCCGGAUCCCAAUGCAUACAAGAACAAAUCUGGCGGCAGUCAGUACAAAUUUGGUGUCCUGACAAGAAUAGUGAGGCACAUGAAGACAAGGCAUCAGGAUGGUGAGACACACCCUCUGUCAAUAGAUGAGAUCCUGGAUGAAACAAACCAGUUAAAUGCUGGUCCAAAAGUUAGACAGUGGCUCAUAUCCGAGGCACUCCCAAAUAACCCCAAGGUCCAUGAGGUUGAAGGGAAAUAUGUCUUUAAGCCACCAUUGCCAGUUAGAGAUAGGAAAUCUCUACUUAAGCUCCUUCGGCAGCAUGACAUGAAGGGCCAUGGUGGAGUACUACUCGAUGAUAUUCAAGAGUCUCUCCCUCACUGUGACAAAGUAAUGAAGCAACUUGAUAAAGAGAUUCUUCGAAUAAUACGGCAGUCAGACAAGAAACAAAUCAUUUUCUACCAUGAUAAGGGCAUUCAGUUCCCAGUGGAAAAGGAGUUCCAACAACUCUGGAGAAACACAUCUGUUGAUGGCCUUCAAGAUGAUAACAUAGAGGAAUACCUAAACAAACAGGGUAUAAAGUCUAUGCAAGAUACAGGACCAAAAGUCAAGCCCAUCAGAAAGAAGAUGAAGAAGAGUAGAACACGAGCCACCAAGAUCUCUGACAACGAGCACAUGCAACACGUACUGCAAAAUUAUGACACUCCUUCAUAAACUUUUUUCUCUACACGAAAGACAAUAAUGUUUAUUUGUCUCUAUUCAAAUAGAAAUUAUUCUCUUUAUUCAAAUAACAAUUUUAUAAUACAUGUGAUGUACUCUUUGUUUACAGUUUAUUUUAAUAAAUAAUGUAACUGCUUC